AUGGUGUUGGGAAUACUGCCUGAUAAGUUAUUCGUUGACAGGUCUAUGAGAGUCACUGUCUUCAAACUCCCAAUCUCAGCAGAUACAAUUGCUGAAGACUGCAAACCUUUGACACUGGUUGGAAUGACUCCUGUCAACUCAUUGUCAAAUAGACUUAACAUUGCAAGACUACUUAAUUUACCAAUCUCUUCAGGAAUUUUUCCUUGGAUUCUACACCUACAUGCAGCAAAUAUUUCAAGAGAGGUGGAGAAAUUGCCAAUAGAAGCUGGGAGUUUUCCACUCAGACGGUUCUCACCAAUCACCAAUUUGUUCAAACUACGACACAGUGUCAAAGAAGUAAGGAAAGUCAAUUCUGAGUAUGGUGAUUGA